AAUAAUAAUAAAUGAGUUUAAAUCCAGACGAGAAGGCCAAGUUUAUGCAGUUGCAUUCUGCAGCCCACAAGACCGACUUAGCAGACCAAGCAGGACUAAAGACCAAAGCAGGCCUACAUUUGAUCAAAAACAUACAGUUGCUCACCUCAAAUAACGCUUUUGAGAAACUACACAGGUAUGAUGAAAUCCAAAACAAGCAAGAAGACCCGAAAUUGAGAGAGCAAGCAAACUUCUUACAGGCCAAGAGAGCCAACCUAGAGAAGGCCGUUGAAGAAAAUGUCCUUAAGAUUUCAGAAAAGCAAGCUCAGUUAUAAGAGAAAGAAUGGCUAUGCAGUAUGAACAUGAAAGAAUGCAAGUAGAACUCCAAAUGAGAAUGGAAAUGAUGCAAGAGCAAAAGUGUAGAACCGAAGAAAUGAAAGUUCAGAUUGCUAAGAAUUGUCAAGAACUUCAGGCAGAAAUAGAUGCAAUCAGUAAAUCUUCCAAAAGUUAACAAUUAUUGA